AUGACUUCCAACAGUGCCGGGUUCCUUAACGCUUUCAUUCCCAGGAGCAGUACUGCCAGUCCAGCCCAGCGAGAUGCCUCCACUGUCCGAUCGCGUACCCGCCGCCGGCCAUCCUUUAACGACGACGACAGUAACAAUGAUGACGCUGGACAUGGCGAACUCGAUCUUUCCUCGAGAUACGAGAGUGCAUUAUCCUCUGGCGCGUCAACGCCCCGUUCUCGUCAUGCUGCCCCGUCCCCCCAUCCUUCCCGACAGAUCUCCCCCCUUCCUAUGAGACACCCAUCCCGUGCAUCUAGGCCGCUUGAUCGUGAUGGACGGCAGAAGAGAGAUCCUACUCCCAUGGGUGGACUUAGCCUCGCUGGAAGCAGACAGUUAAAUCUGGCUGAAACGUCCCGCGCUGCCGUGGACCUCCUAGACGCAUCUUGGUCGUCGUUGCAGGGUCUAGCUUCAUCGGUUCUGGGGAGUGAUACUAAACGAACAGCGACAUCUAACGGAACAGCAAAGAAUCAUACGCGGCGGAAGCCAUCCUGGACAGAUUCCUACUUACGAAGCACUCCUCGAUCGUUGGCGCCGUCAUCUUGGGGCCCGUCAGGCCGCGCUACACCGGAAAUAGGUGGGGGAAGUCAGGAGGAGAGAUUGGCGUUAUUGCAGGCGAAGAAAAGGGAGGCUUUGCUCUUGGCAGACACAGAUUCCGUAUCGGAUCUUGCUAGUCGGCAUAAACGACGAGAUUCAGUUGAUCGGUCAGAUCAAACGACUAUCGACCCGGAGCAAGACACAGGAGCCUUGGUGUACAUACAUCAUGUCCAAGGGAAUGAUACAAUAUCGGGGGUCACAAUACGCUACGGAUGUCAGCCGGCUAUAUUCAGGAAGGCCAACGGGUUUUGGCCCAGUGACAGUAUCCAGAGUCGAAAGACUGUGCUUCUACCAGUCGGAUCAUGCUCUGUCAAAGGACGGCCCAUUCCACCUGCAGAACGUAAAGAUCUCGGGAAUAUCCAUGCUGCGAAAGAUUCUUCAGAAGACUUGAGUGCGAGUUCAAUCGCACCCGUGACUGUCCAGACUACUGAAGCACCAUCAAAUGGCGAUAUACCAUCAAAUAAAAAGUCCGAGAAUGAAAGGGACCAGAUCUGGAAGCAUGAAUCAUGGGUCCAAAUAGAUGGAUUUCCAUCACCUGUUGAGAUAGGUCGUGUUCCUCGCAGAACGCUAGGGUUCUUCCCACGCACACGUCGAAAAUCUUUACUACAUACUGACUCAGAGUCGCCUCCGCCAUCUGUUCGAGAUCCAACUAUUCACCAACCGUUGGCUCAGUCAUCUGAGCCUCAGCCAUCCUCGAUCACUGUCCCAAAAAUCCGUCUUGAUGCUGACAUGCGCCAGACAACAUCUAGGUCUGGGGUUCGUCAUCAACGCAAUCGCAGUAGCUUUCACCUUUCUGGUCCAGGAGUGGGCACUCUCGAUCGCGAUGUAGUUGCCCCUGGUCCAGCUCCGGACAAAUUGAACCAAUUUUUUGCCCAGCAUAUGCCAAAUUUGGCACCAUCAGCGACUGAUCUGCAGAGCCAGACUGCGUCACCAGUAUCAACACCGACUUCGAUAGCAUCAACGCCCCUUGAUAAUCUGGGCGGCAUGCUCGAAGGUUGGGUGAGAAAGGUUGCCAUGCGAGCAAAAACUAAUAUAAAUGAAUGGCAGCAGCAAGCCCAGCUGUCAACCGGUCGAAGUCACGUGCCGGGGUUUGAUGACGGGGUAUUGGGAGGGGACUUGAUCGAGCUGGAUUCUGGGCUGGAUGCACGGCAUAACAAUCGCGCUGCUGCCAUGGACACUGUGGCAGGACGAGAUUCUAGCCUCACCAGACCCGUGGGCUUGCGACAGGCAUCAUCGUCGACAGUUUUGCGAGGACGAUAUCAUAGCCCUUCGGUACCUACGAGCGGGACUCGUGGUUCUGAUGUCAGAGUUGGGUUGAAAGAUGACUGA